AACAAGGUUUGCGCUGCUAUAAAAAAAAUGGCUAGAGAGUCGGGUCGAAUAAAAGAUGCGUGUCAGAAAAGAAUCUUGGAUGAUGCUGCACGUAAACGCAGGCAGAAGAAAGCCCUGGAAGCACUGGAACAAGAUAACUUUCAUGAUGAUCCACAUGCUGACUUAGUUAUGAGCAAGAAAGUUCCCAAGUUUCAAGAGACGUUAGACAACAGAAGUGCCAGGAAAAAGAAAACUCGCUCGUCGGAAUAUUACAAGCAACGUUUUCGCAAAAGUUUUCCUCAACUUGUGGAAGAAGAUCUCAAUACAAAUCCUAAUCCACCUAAUUACGUGUCUGCACAAGUGCCAUCUUCUCGCUUCCCUGAGAGACAUUUUUGUUCCGUAUGUGGCUUUCCUAGUAAUUACACCUGUAUACCUUGCGGUGCCAGAUAUUGUUCGAUUAAAUGUCUAGGUACGCAUCUCGACACAAGAUGUAUGAAAUGGACAGUUUGAGAACUUUGUAAGUUUGUACAUUGUCACUUACGACAAAUUCGAUUGGAUGCACUAGUGCGCACUGAGUGCGUCUUCUUUCAAUGUGUAGUAAACUACUAACAAUGAAGGCUUAUAAAGCCUUAAAAUAUUUCUUGGUUUACUAACAAUGAAAUAUAUUCUACUACACAAUGAAAGAAGGUGCACUCAAUGCGCACUAGUGCAUCCAAUCGAAUUCGUCAUUAAUAAAAUCAACACAUGUAUAAUUACA